GAUUAUUUGUAUGUAAAAAGACCUUGAUAUAGGGCAAGUCCAUGAAUAAAAAAGAAACACAGAUGAAGACUAGCAAGGAUAGAUCCGGAUGAAUAUAGAUAAGAGAGAUGCAUUGAGUUUUGUUUUAGAGAAAUCUAAUGGCUUUCCUUCAAUGGCUAAUGGAACCCAUCUUUCUGUUUUCAUUGCUUUUCAUUUUAGUGUUGCUGAAGUUCAUCUUUAAGGAUAAGUCAACAAAAAGACAACUUAAUCUCCCACCAACCCCUUCAAAACUACCAAUAAUUGGUAAUCUUCACCAGCUUAGCAGCAUGCCUCUCCUCUCUCUCUGCAGACUGGCAGAAAAAUACGGUCCAAUAUUUUUCUUACAGCUCGGUCAGAUCCCAACUGUGGUGGUUUCAUCAGCUAGACUGGCCAAGGAGGUAUUGAAAACCCAUGACCUUGCUCUAUGUAGCCGUCCACAAAUCUUUUCUGCCAAACAUCUCUUAUACAAUUGCACUGAUCUUGGUUUCUCACCUCAUGGUGCUUACUGGAGGCAUGUUCGGAAAAUUUGGACACAUGAGCUAUUAAGUGUUAAACGAGUCCAAUCAUAUGGCUUUGUUAGAGAAGAAGAAGUUGCUCGUAUGGUUCGUCGGAUUGCAGAGUCUUAUCCCGGUACCACCAAUCUGUCUAAGAUGCUUGGAAUGUACGCAAACAAUGUCCUUUGCCGGGUAGCAUUGGGAAGGGACUUCUCGGAAGAAGGAGAGUACGACAAGCAUGGGUUCCAAAAGAUGCUGCAGGAAUUUCAAGAAUUGCUUGGAGGAUUCAGUCUUGGAGAUUUCUUCCCUUCAAUGGAGUUUAUACACAGUUUAACAGGAAUAAAAUCGAGACUACAGGAAACCUUUCGACAAUUUGAUCAUCUUUUUGACCAGAUUGUGAAUGAACACCUCAACCCCAUGAGAGAAAACGAUGACCAUAAGGACCUUGUGGAUGUUUUACUUGAUAUACAGAAGAAUGGUUCACUUGAAAUGCCCCUCACCAUGGAUAAUGUUAAAGCUAGCAUCUUGGACAUGUUUGCAGCAGGAACUGACACGAUUUUCAUCACCCUUGACUGGGGAAUGACAGAGCUCAUUAUGAAUCCUAGAGUCAUGGAAAGAGCACAAGCAGAGGUAAGAAGAGUUGUCAGAGAGAGAAGAGUAGUGCUAGAGAGUGACUUGCCUCAAAUGCACUACAUGAAAGCUGUCAUCAAAGAAAUCUUUCGCUUGCAUCCUCCUGCUCCAGUAUUGCUACCAAGAGAAUCCAUGGAACAUGUAAUUAUUGAUGGGUACGAUAUUCCAGCCAAAACUCGAAUACUUGUCAAUGCCUGGGCAAUAGGAAGGGACCAAGAAAGUUGGGAAAAUCCAGAAACAUUUGAACCAGAAAGAUUUAUGGGCAGCACCAUUGAUUUCAAAGGGCAUGAUUUUGAGCUGAUACCUUUUGGGGCUGGUAGAAGAGGCUGCCCUGCUAUUACAUUUGGAACUGCAAGUAUUGAGCUUGCACUGGCUCAACUUCUCCAUAGCUUUGAUUGGGAGCUUCCCCUUGGUGUUACAACUAAAGAUUUGGAUAUGACAGAAGUUUUUGGCAUUACCAUGCACAGGAUAGCCGAUGUGAUUGUGCUAGCCAAACCACACUUUUCCUAAUAAGGUAUGGAAUCAACAGAUGUAUAAUAGAUGAAAGAGUACUACCACCCUAGUCUGUUCUAAUAAAUGAACAUACCGAAGACCAACUACAGUAGUAGAUCAUGAACUUCGGUCUCUCCUUGUGUACUUGCAAUGAUAUUACAGUUCUGUCAGUAAUUUCAGUGGUAACA